CCUGCACCAUGCCGCGUUGUGAUAGGUGGGGGCGUCGUGCAGCUUGAGGCUUUGCGCAAGAUGGCGGCGCCGGAGCAUCGGGAGGAAUACCAUCUAUUGAAUGAAACUGAAGUCAGAUGGAAGAAUAGGAAUGAAUUUUGGAGUUCAUACUUCUGAGAGAACUUCACUAAUGAAGUCUGUGAGAUUUGAGACCAUGGAGACAUUGCCUGAACUCUAUGAAAUUUUCCAAGGAGAGGUUGCUACUGUAACAGAAUAUGGAGCAUUUAUAAAAAUUCCAGGCUGCAGAAAACAAGGUCUUGUUCAUAAAACCCACAUGUCAUCCUGCCGUGUGGAUAAGCCCUCGGAGAUGGUGGAUGUUGGAGACAAAGUGUGGGUGAAACUUAUUGGCAAAGAGAUGAAAGAUGACAAGUUGAAGCUGUCUCUUUCUAUGAAGGUUGUCAACCAAGGAACAGGAAAGGACCUAGACCCAAACAAUGUUUCCCUUGAACAAGAUGAACGGAAGAAACGUUCAUUCAGAGACUACACUAGUCAAAAGAUCACCCUUGAAGCUGUUUUGAACACCACUUGCAAGAAGUGUGGUUGCAAAGGUCAUUUUGCCAAAGAAUGUUUCAUGCAGCCUGGAGGGACCAAGUACAGUCUGAUACCAGAAGAGGAGGAAGCAGCAGAAGAAUGUGAAGGAGAUAAAAAGCCCAGUCAGCCUGACAGUUCUUCGAAGAAAAGAAAAAAGGAAAAGAAGAAGAAAAAGAAACACAAGAGCAAGCAGUCCUCCGAUUCCAACAGUUCAAAUAGCUCUGACUCGGACAGCGAUGGGGCUCAACCAGCCAGCAAGAGGGCCAAGCAUUCAGAGAAAGCUAGCAAGUCUCAGAAGAAGAAGAAAAAGAAGAAGCAUAAGAAAAAGCACAAAGAGUGAGAGGGUGGUCUCUAGCAAGGGACCUUGGCACGGUGAACUCCCUGUCUCCCUGCUCUAGCUUUCUGGAGUAAGCUGCCAGAAGAGAGCAGAACUCAGUUGAUACCUGCUUGUUCUAAGGACAAGGAAUUUUGUUCUACUCAAAGCAGUAUGCAGUUGUUGAUGUUAAAGAUGCUGACUUUGAAAUUAAUUAUCCACUAUUAAGCUAAAAGUGAGCUGCCAUUUUCUCCCACUGAGGGGCUAAUGGGUGUGCCUGCCAAAAUACAUUGAUUACACCCAUUCAUCAGCAACUCUCAUCCUGUAGCUUUAAGGUCCUUUAGGUUAGCUGCCAAUGGUACACUCAGUUUCUCUGGAACAGCCUUGGACCAGCUGUCAGGAGUAUGCAUGAUAUCAGUGCUAUAUCCAGUUGCCUGUGAAUAGAUGGAGCUAUGCCAUUCAGAUUUGGUCUCUCCAACCAGUCCCUUCAGAGCAUUUGAGGGGGAGCCAUUUCACAUCCUCUGAGCUGAUUGUCUGGUUGUGGAACCUCCUCCCUGCUGAUGCUUGCAUAGCAGUCACCUCUCUGCAUAUCAGGCUUUCUCUACACACUGGGAUUGUAUCAUAAUAAUUGUGCAGUUAGGGCUCCAAUUCAGCUACUGAUAGAACAACUGCUAGUGUGCACACAGUUUACUGGCAUAAAUGUCCUUUAUAUGCUAGAGCUUGUUUCCAUUCCCAUAGAGAAACGUCGUUCCUUAGACGAGGCACUGGUAUAACUGCGCCUGUUCUACAGGGGUUGAACUAUCUAUAUUACUAAGAAUGGUAUGGCUUUUAUGUGAGUCCAGCCCUCAGUGUCAUCUCCUCUGCCUGUAAGCAGUGAGAUGGUGGCAAUCAACUAAAUUAUGUUGAAGAGAGACUUGCAGUAAAUGUUAAUUGUGUUGGUACUGUUAGCUAUGUACAUUAUAAAAAAUACAUAAAUCUCUAAACUACUAAGUUG